CUUACUAUGUGUCAAUUCAGUCGACUUUUAGUUUUGCAAUUAGUAUUAUGUUUGGCAUUUGGCCAUAUUUAUGGGCAACGAAUGCUCAUUGUCGGCGGGAGUGAGGUGACAGAAAAGAAAUAUCCUUAUUUUGUGCGUCUGCACUUUCAUGGAGAGUUCAUUUGCGGCGGUGCGUUGGUGCGGAACAAUGCUGUACUCACGGCAGCACACUGUGUGGAGGACUCCAAUGGGAAGGACCUCAAUGUGAAGGCGCUGAGCGUACACGCGGACACCAUAAAUUUGGGCGACACUGGAGUGGAGAGAGAAAUCAAGUACGCGAUGGUUCCAAAAGAAUACGAUGCGGAGACGCUAAAUUAUGAUGUAGCGGUGUUGAUACUCUCCUCUACCAUACCGAAUGCAUCGGUGAUACCAUUGGGUAAGAGCGUGGUCGCUGCCGGUACGAAUUGCCUGGUUAUUGGUCAUGGGCACACCGAAGAAGGCGGCGUCGUCUCAAAACAAUUGCAAGAGAUCCAUGUACCUGUCGUUAGUCGGGAAGAUUGUCAGCGCAAAUAUCGCGGCAAGGACCUUAUUACACAAUAUAUGAUGUGCGCUUCGGAACCGGGCAAAAAGGAUUCGUGUACGGGUGAUUCUGGCGGUCCGAUGAUAUGCAAUGGUAAACAGGCUGGCAUUGUUUCGUGGGGUGAGGGUUGUGGGCGUUUCGAAUAUCCGGGCGUUUACACAGAUAUAAGCAAGGUGUAUGGUUUCAUUGAAAACACACUAAAAAUGUAUCCGUAAGUAGGAAGUGAAACAGAAUUGUAUGUUUUUGCAAUAAGUACUGUUAUCUUUGCUUGACUUAAUGCUAUUACGAUUAAAGAUAUUGUAACUAUUUAAAUGAAGUAAUUAUUAAUACUA